AUGCUGGGUCGGGUUCAGUUUGAGUUUCACCUUCGUGACGGUCAGAGCUUUCCAGGAGCAGAAAAUAUGGGAAUUUUAGUGACACUUGCACUGGAUUCAAGAGUUGGACUGGGAACUGCGAUUAGCGAGGGAUGACGAUGUUGGAAAAUUUGUGAUUUGUGGGAUCUACUAGAGGAUUUCGAGUGUUGUGUAAUCUUUAAAUAAAAUGAUAGGGUGUUAGUGCUCUGUAAACAUAAUAAAAACAUAAGUACUAGAAUCAAAACAUAGUGAAACGCGUAAAAAUGUAGUCGCAGUUCUUUAAAAGCACCAUCCACUUCCCACAUCCCAAAUCAGGGAAAACCGAAGCAAAGGAAAGCAACCACCGAGCUUCUGAAGUGCACGACGAGGAAAAACCUUGAGUCCUCGAGUGCCCACCACAAUAAUCGAUAAACAGUACAGGGCUGACUGGAGUGAAAGAUACCGAAUCACAUUGUAAUAUUAUCAGCGCGGAAGAAAGUGGCGGUGCAAGAAGAAUUGAUAAUUGAUUGUGAACAGUGUGCCAGCCGAAGAUAGCGGAAGAAGUGAGAAUUUGUGCACGUAAUUGGAUAUUGAACGGUGUCCGGAGGCGCGUCAACGAGCGAGCAACAGAGCACACAAGUCAGCAAACCGUCAGCCCAUUGCAUCCGCAGCCAUGAAUAACCGCAGUUCAGACGUCUUCCUUCAUAACUCUCAACCAGCUCGACAUUCAUCUUCGUCCUACCACUUCCACCGAUGGACCGCUCCGGACCAUCUCUCACCGGUCCGGGGUCCUAUUGCCCGUACAGCACCGACUCCAGCUCAUCGGCAAGGUCCUACAUCCGUCCGUUCGACACUAUAAGAGCGCUGCACGAAACAAUCGUAUCGCUGCGGACAGCCCUAGAAGAUUCGCGCAGGGAGAACGAACGCUUACAGAAGCAAAUCAACGUUCGUGACGUCGUCGAAGAGGGCCGAGGAUUGCUGAAAGACUAUAAUAGCCAUACCUAUGGCAGCACACCAAGGGAUCUGAACACCAGUGUGGAAACGCAAGACGCCAAGGAACAGGAUAGGAAGUUAAAGAAACUGAAAAAGCGAAGAAGUAGACCUUCGGGAGAGGAAACGGUGGACUCGAGGGAAAACCCUGAAGAAAUCGACGUAAGUCAACCGCCAGUGCAGGAACCGAAAGAGGAACCAUCCAAAAAGAAACAUCCAUCAAGAGAUGUCCAUAGCCAACAGAAGGUUUCAGUAGUUCCAGAUAUUCAAAUUGUCUCUCAUCCAACAUCCGCUAGUGGACACCCAGCUAUGGCAUCCAGAAUAGACGUAAAAAUUAAGGUUUCGUCCAACAUAAACGUAGACGGGAGCAGCUCGGAAGCUGAAAGUUCAGAAGCGACGACACAAGAAAACGCCGUUGUCAAAGAACCAGAUGCAUCAGAAACUCCUGAAGACGAAGACAAGACGAUUGCCGAGGAAGAAGAAGGAGAUCGCGUAACGAUCAAGGAAGAGUUUAUUAAAGGAGAUGCAUCGAAUUUGAAAAUCAAUUUGACGAACGAAGAAAACUUGAGUGUAACUAGAUCAACGGAAGGAAUCAACAUUCGACAAACGUCGUCGGAGAAUCUGCACGUCGAUGUAGACAGGCAAAGCAAUCCUUCAAUCUCCGAGGGUGAUAACUCAGUGUUCACAGAGGGUGCAACUACUCCAGUGGAUCAGGAAGGAGCUACUGGAUACACUGCGCCGGAACCUAGGACUUCAGUGAAGAAAAGUGAAUCGGAAAAUCAAGAAGAAGUGGACGACAUUGAGUUGAUAUUCUCGUCCGACGACAAUAAGGACGUCAUUCAGGAAGAUUUAGUGUCGAUUUCGGACUUUGAACCAUGGCAGGAAACUGGGCAGGCAGGAACACCGGUGCUUAUAAAGUUCAAGCAACUUUCGUCGGAUCAGGAGUCUAGUCAGAAAGGAUCGAUAGAUCGAAGUGAUAGUGAAGUUGUAGAUGGGGAAGGGUCCAGCAGAGAUCCGCUUCCGAAGGAGAAGAGCCUGGAGAGUCAAGACUCUUUAAAUUUGGACAGUGCAAAAAAGGGUAUAGAUUUUAGAGCAAAUUCGACCAGUUUGGAGAAGGAUAGUAGUUUAGAUUACGGAGCAAGUGGCGGUGUGAAAAGGGAAGAUAGUUUCGAUGUCGGAGCUACGAGUGGAGGGAGUGCUUUGGGUAAACGAUGGACGAAUUAUAAUGUGUUAAUCGAGACGGAUAUUUCAAAGUGCGGAAUUGCAGAAGAAAAUAUUCUAGAAAUGGGCAGGCGGAAUACGUGUCCCAAUCCUCCGGCAUACAGGCCUAUCAUCCAUACGGGAUCGCGAUCCCCGGCUACCGCUUCCAACCGAAGUCCGUUGGCUGUGAAGUUUUCCCGUAGUCCUCGUACCUACUCGCCACAUCAGUAUCUUCCUCCGGGAAAAACCCUCCGAACGGUAACGGCCGCAGACAGUACCGCUUUCGGUGGCGACGAAGCCAAGCGUUCACGGGCGGCACAAACCGACAUCACAGCCCUUUCGCAACAAUGGCGCUCGGAAACUCAUCUGCCGGUUUCAGAAUAUGGCGCCGGUCUCUACACACUUCCUUCGAAGUUCGUUCCUCCUCCGUCGACCGGAAGUCGCAAGUUUUCGUUACGGCCAUCAGAUAAAACCCAAGAGGCUCGUCGAGUGCUGUUGAGCGAUAUCAAUUUCACCAGCAUGGUUCCGGAGCUAUCACGCUCGGCAGACCACCUGUGUCAGCAACCGGAGGAACAGGACGAAAACAACGACGAGAACCGCUCGCCUAACUACUGCAAGGGCAAUCUGCUCAAGACGCCGGAAACGGUCAAGGGAAUUCCACCGAGCUACAGCAUGAACUCACCGGGCGUUUCGCAAUGGACGGUCAACGAAAGCAGUAUCGCUACGCAAACCACGCAGACGGACGCAUAUUGGGCAGAUCGUGGUGACUCGUUCGACUCGUCCAAAAGCUACUCACUUGGGUCAAGGUAUAGUACUUUGAGUAAGCACCAUCGCUCCAGAAGCGUUCCUUCAAUCCGUUGUGCCAUUUGUCGCCACAAUCACCAGAAUACUUCGCUUAGAGCCUCGGAAAGCAUGCAUUAUACUCCGAGGGUAACCUUCCAAGAACCCACGCACAAGAUACGGGGUUCGCUACCAGAUCUGAGGCAUGACUGCAACUGCCCACGAAGGUAUGGUGGCCCUUCGUUGUACAGAAUUCAUGGUGAUUCCGGUGGAUCAACGGACAGUCUACUAGAGGAGGCCGAGGACUUUUUGCGAAGAUCUAUCGAAGGAAACAUCAUGCUGGAGGAUCCCGGGGGUCAUUGUGAACCUCCGCUACCUCCUCCACCACUGCAUAUCACAGCUACGGCAAAGCACCGAAGGUGCUCGGAGAACGACAUUCAACGGGACUACAUUCCUUCGAAACAGGCACUGCCCUUCCUGCCAAAGACCGCCAAAUGUCUCAAGCCCGGACACCUGGCGAAAGUAAUUGCUAGAAGCGGACGAGUGGUAGUCGGCAGGGUACGCUACAUAGGCCCGCUGGCGGGCGGUGGUAGUGCCUUUGGCGAGCAAGAUGAAAUCUACGUUGGCCUACAACUUCCCAACAACUUGGGUGAUUGUGAUGGAACGAUUGAUGGAAGGAAAUUUUUCGACUGCGAACCGCAGCACGGUAUCUUCGUCCCCUUCAAGAAGGUCGUCAUGGCGUGGAACUCCUAAGAGCCACAUCCACCCACUCUUUUCCAGACGAACGCACGGGCUACAAAGAAUGGCGAUGGAUAGUGAGAGGCUUCCGCUGAUAUGGCGAAGGAAAGAGAGACACAUGUGAUUUGUCGGCCUAUUGGAGCACAUCUUUAUGGAAUCAACGUGGGGUGUAUUAUUAGCACAGAGGAAUGGCACAGGCGACAACAGGACAAGCAAAUAGUACUUUGCUCUUAUUCAACCGCCGAAGAUAUGUAGCAUUCCUAUGAGAGGCGCAAUUAUGCAAGGAUCAAUUCGAAAAGACCGACCCUUGUCAAUAUGGAUCAAAAGGUUUGGGACUACCUAUUCACAAAAUGAGGGUCGCCGACAUACGCGUAGGUUUGUCCAUGGGCACAUGCACGGGAGGCAGAAGGGUUGUUUCAAUAGUCAAAACUCAUUGUUCCAAAAGGUCCUAUAUGGUUUCCCGUUAGUCAUCAAUUUUGACAGCUGUACCAAAAGCAAUUGCAUUGCUAUUUAAUUAUUGGGAAACAUAUUUUUUUAUUCUUUUCAGAAUUAUUAACCCCUCUACUGGCAGUAGCAUUCGUUUAAAACCAAAAAAAAAUGAA